UGGAAGAUCAGCGUUAACUUCCGGGUCUACAGUGUCAGAAACGCAAAAGAAAGGCGGAUCCCCGGCUCCUCUAGCUUCUUUUCAAACUUUCUCUUAAACAAUUAAACCUUAACACACUGAAGUGUUUCAGGUAUCGAGUAUUCUGACUGUCUGAAAUUAUUUUAUCCCCGAAGGAAAUCGAAUUGCCAGCUAACUAGCUUGAUCGCACAGGAAAGCAAAACCUAGAGAACAUAGCUACGCGAGCUAGCAAGCUAUUGUGACAGAAAACCCAGGCAUAAGUUAACCAGUUAGCUUGCUAGCUGCAUACUUAGCUCCGUUUUACCUAGGGAAGCUUCUCAGCGAACAAAGAUAUGACUAAAAAAGACGGGGAUACGGAACUGAUCUGGGCCUUGAAAAAUGGUGAUCUGGAAGAAGUGAAGAAUGCACUUGUUAAGGAUGAAGAUGUGAACAGGACUCUGACCGGAGGGAGGACGCCCCUGCACUACGCUGUAGACUCCGGGCAGGCUGAGAUGCUGGAGUUCCUCCUCUCCAAGGGAGCAGAUGUCAAUGCCCUGGACAAACACAAAAUCUCCCCCCUGUUUUCUGCUAUUUACGAGGGCCACACCAACUGCGUCAAGAUCCUACUAGCGAAGGGAGCUGACAAGACCCAGAAAGGACCGGACGGACUCACUGCGCUGGAGGCGGCCGAGACCGAGUGCAUGAAGGCUCUGCUCCAGUGAGGACGGGGAAGCGGGGUGGGGGGGCGGGCAGACGGACAGACGGGCGUGCCAGUCCCGGGGCAGACGAGACAGACCGACGCCUUCCCCUGGUCUCCGUCUGGCCUCUGCUUUGCCUGUUGAUGGGGGUUGUUUGUUGCUGGGGAGUGUCUCCCCCCCCCCACCCAAGAUUUUUUUUCUCUCUCUCUUUUUGGGUGGGGAGGGGUGGGGCUGGGGGUACGGGAUUUCUUCUUGCCUGUUCUUUCAUUACUCAUUGAAUGGAUCAAUCCCUUAAGGACCAAACACUGAGGGACAACAGCUCACUCACACAAGACCAUCAAAAUUCCAUGCUUCAAAUAAUGCUACAAAAAAAUGACUUUGAUAUUGAGUAAAUACUUUAGCACUUGUCUGUCUGCUGACUUUCUAAAUUUGUGUGUUCUCAAUUUUAGUGAAGGGAAAAGUGGGCAGAGGUGACACUAGUGUUUUUAUAACUUUAAAAAGUACUGUAGGGCCGCAGGUUUGUUAGGAACAAGAACAGUCAUUAUAAAGGAGAAAAGUGUUAUGAUAUCCUCUGUAGUGCCCCGCCCUCCCUGCCUUGUAACUGAUCAGGGGUCAGUCUUCAAUGCUGGUGUUUUGUAGGGUUUAUUUGGAAGCGAGUGAGAAAGCUGAUCUGAAAACAGCAACAAUGUUCAACUUCUCCCCUCAUUCCACAGACCACAUCUGGCCAGUCGCAUUAAAAAAAAUAAAUUGGGAGGUUGUGCAAAAUAGAUUAAAAUAGAUUCAUUUGACUUGUGCACUCACCCCAGAAUCAAAUAUCUGUGAGCUCUGACCAAAUUUGAUUUUGCAAUCAAAACAGUGGCAGAUAUCAUAUGAUCAGCAGCACAGGGUCAUGGGUGUUGAUUGUCUUUUUCCCUUCUUUUUAACCAAGUGAAUGUCCUGUUUGCUGGCGCUUGAUUUCCUCACUUUCAGAUAGUUGCAUUAAGCGAUAUGGAGUGUCACGAGUUGAGAUGUGUGUGCGCGUGUGCGCGCGUUUGCGCGUGCGUGCGUGUAUGUGUGUGUGUGUGCGUGUGUGUGUGUGCGUGCGCGUGCGAGGCCAGUGUAGAGGCUGUGCUUUUUGGUGUGGUCGGUGGAAUGAGAACUCUCAGCUCAAAGUGUGCUUAUUCUGGGUUUGAUCGGUUUGCCCUCACGGUCCUGCUGCAUGUUGGACCUGCUACUGCUUAUAACCUCUUCAAAAUGGUUGCUCUUUCUCUCUUGGUUGCUAACAAAAAUAAAAAAAGAAAUGUAAAAGAAAAAAAGGUUAAAGAGAUCAAGCUUUAUAUCUGACAUUGACAUUGUGUGAAAAGUUAAUAAAAGCAAAUAAAAUUAAAUAAAAAAAAAAUACUGAA